AGCUUCGUGGCUCGAGAGUUUUGGAGAAACCAUGGCUGGCUGGCAAAUAUCAUUGUAUUUUCUUGCGUUGUGGUCAGAAGGUACGUCUUCGGAAGUGCUUCCCGCCGCAGCAAACUGGACGGCGACUGGAAACGGGCAGCCCCUCGUGGUUGUCACAUACAAUCUGUACUGGUGGUGCGUGUCCGACGAGUAUGGAAACUGCCCACAGAAUGCUGAUGGGAAAGGCUUCCAAGGCAUUUACAACCGACUGCAGCAGAACGGUCCCUUCGACCUGAUCGGAUUCCAGGAGUGCGAUGAUGUAGGCAAGAUCAUCUCGGGCUCGGGGCUGGCCACAUCCUUCGAGUACUACACACCUGCCAAAGGCAACGACGCCGCCAUGGCGUGGCAGCACGAGAAGUUCAGGGCCAUCGAGGGCCCAGGGGUUCACUGGGUGGCCAGGGACAAGUAUGGCGACCGCAAUGUGAACUGGGUGCGGCUGCAGGUCGUGGGGAGCAACACUGUCAUCUUCUUUGCGAACACGCAUGGGCCACUGGACCAGUGCGGGGGCAAGCCCGGCAAGACGGUGGCGGCGAACUAUCUCUCCGCCGUGAAUCAGCACAAGAAGCCCGGAGAUGUGGUGGUUUUCACCGGCGACUUCAAUUGUGGCAGCAACCAGGACACGAUGAAGGCUUUGUCCCAGGCUCUGGAGGUUGACGCCACUGACAAGUCAUACGGCGGCGCCGAUCACAUCUUCAGCACCGAGGGCGUAGCGGUGCUGUGGCACGGCUACAGUCCGGGCUCCCCUUCCGACCAUCAGCUCCUCAAGGCCGUGCUGGAGGUGAAGUCCUCCGGGCCCAGCCCAUCGGGGUGUCCCACGCCUCCGGACAAUGGGGGCUGCUGCACGACCUGCAGUGCGAACCACUACUGUCCGAGCGACAAGGGCUGCUACGCCACUGGCCAGAGCGGUUGUCGGGGAGGCUUCUGCCCGGCACCUGCAGUUCAGGAGGAGGUCAUCGUUUGAUUCGCGGUGCCGGUGCGCAAGAGCAUCGGCUGGUCUCGGAAAUUCAUGUGCCACCCGAUGACGCGGGGCCUUCCGAAGCGGGCUUGACUCACUUUCCAAGAGAACUUGACCUCGC